CUGAUUCCACUCGCUAGUAUGGGAGUCCCGUCUCUUAAAACGUAGAUAUUAUAUGCUCUUUGGUCCGUAUUAUGAAGUUUGGAACCUCUUUAAAAAAAUAAGUGGAAAAUAACCCCCAAUUAAUGUCAAUAACAUAGUAGUACCAAAUAAUAUUCGUCCUUAAUUUGUAGUCGAGAAGGUUAGUAUUUUAACACAGGCUUAGAAUACCAUUUUAAUUUUACAAGUUUCAGCUUCACCGUACCGAACGAAACCGGCACCGGCUUAAGCUAUCGCAAACUUAGUUUUAAAAACUGGGAACCCCUGCGAAAGGUCAUUCCAUAUUAACACAGGCGAUUGUUGACUCUCAGUUGAUUUCUACUUCUUCGAACAUACAGACAUGGCAGCCAAUGGAAAGUUAGCGCUUCUCAGCGUCUCCGACAAAACCGGCCUGGUGCCGCUAGCCAAAUGCCUGUCAGACAUCGGACUAGGUCUCGUCAGUACUGGGGGCACGGCGUCCGCGCUCCGCGCCGCCGGGCUGCAGGUGCGCGACGUGGCCGACAUCACUGGAGCCCCGGAAAUGCUCGGGGGACGCGUCAAGUCGCUGCAUCCUGCGGUGCACGGAGGGAUCCUGGCAAGGCUAACUGACUCCGAUCAGGCCGACAUGAAACGCCAGAAGUUUGACAUGAUCAGUGUAGUGGUGUGCAAUCUUUACCCCUUCGUCGACACCGUAGCCAAGCCCGAUGUGACCAUCGCAGACGCUGUGGAAAACAUCGAUAUCGGUGGUGUUACUCUUCUCCGGGCUGCGGCAAAGAACCACGACCGUGUCACGAUCCUAUGUGAUCCUAGCGAUUACGUCAGUGUUAUUGAGGAGUUGAACCAGAAGAAACAGACUUCUUUGGAAACUAGGCAAAAGUUGGCCCUGAAGGCUUUCACCCACACGGCAGAAUACGACACGGCGAUCUCUGACUACUUCCGCAAGCAAUACUCCGCAGGGAAGGCCCAGAUGACUUUGCGUUAUGGCAUGAAUCCCCACCAGAAGCCAGCCCAAGUGUUCACAACCCGCGACCGCCUGCCGCUGACAACCGUCAACGGUUCCCCCGGCUUCAUCAACCUGUGUGACGCGCUCAACGCGUGGCAACUAGUACGGGAACUGAAGCAAGCCCUUGGAGUUCCUGCCGCCACUAGCUUCAAGCAUGUGUCGCCCGCUGGCGCCGCUAUAGGAUUACCUCUUACGGAGCAGGAGGCCGCAGUGUGCAUGGUGGGCGACCUGCCGCCGCCGCUGCCGCCGCUGGCGUGCGCCUACGCGCGCGCGCGCGGCGCCGACCGCAUGAGCUCGUUCGGGGACUUCGUGGCCCUGUCCGAUGAGUGCGAUGAAGUUACUGCCAGGAUCAUCUCCAGAGAAGUGUCCGAUGGUGUCAUCGCCCCGGGUUACAGCAAGGCAGCGUUGGAACUGUUAAAGAAGAAGAAGGGUGGAAGCUAUUGUGUCUUGCAGAUGGACCCCACCUACGACCCAGCCCUCCUCGAACAGAAGACAAUCUUCGGUCUUACCUUAGAACAGAAGAGGAACGACGCUGUAAUCACGCCGGAGUUGUUCAAGAACAUUGUGACUGACAAGAAGGUGUUGCCUGAGAACGCUGUUAGAGAUCUCAUUGUGGCUACGAUUGCGCUCAAAUACACGCAGAGCAAUUCAGUGUGCUUCGCUAGGGAUGGACAGGUUAUCGGCAUCGGAGCAGGUCAACAGUCCCGCAUCCACUGCACGCGCCUGGCGGGCAGCAAGGCGGCGCUGUGGUGGUCGCGCGCGCACCCGCGCGUGCGCGGCCUCCGCUUCAAGCAGGGCGUCACGCGCGCCGUGCAGGCCAACGCUAUCGACAACUUCGUCAACGGGACCAUUGGCACGGACAUGCCGCUGUCGCAGUGGGAGUCCCUGUUCGACGGCCCGGCGCCCGCGCUGCUGACGGAACAGGAGCGUAGCGAGUGGCUCACGCACCUCGACAAGGUGGCGCUCGCUUCUGACGCCUUCUUCCCGUUCCGGGACAACAUCGACCGUGCUGUACAGUGCGGCGUAGAGUACAUCGGCAGCCCGGCCGGCUCCAACAACGAUGCUGAGGUCAUUACAGCCUGCAACGAGCACAAGAUCACGCUGGCACACACCAACCUUAGGCUGUUCCACCACUAACGAGCCUACCAUCCUACCCUUCUUUGGAGUCUAGGGGUAUUUUGCCAGCCAGAAAACGGAUUUGAGUUUUUAAUUUUAGAAUUGAAUUUUGGCUAUCGCUUCAAACGCGGUCAUAGCGAGGGCUUAGGCAUGAGUUCUAUGUCCACGGACGCGAUAUCGAGUAGACAAAGACAUUAUGAAUUCGAAUCUAACUUUACAACUUGCAAAUUACAAACUCUGGGACUCAAUGGGUUAAGCUGUUUUUAAAUCUCGGAACUAAAAUGACAGUUCGGUUUGCCAAAUUACUUUCUCGUUUUUGUACCAAUUUUGUAUUAAAAUAACGGACUACUUGGACUAAUUGAGGCAACCUAACUCUUAUGUGUCUGCUAAUAUAUAGCAAAUCUAAAGUUGCACCAACCAUAAAAAAUAUAUGUAAUAAAAUAUAUAAAUACCUAAAAAAAAAUUAAGAUUUUUCUGUAAUUUUGUAAUAUAAUGUACCUACAAGUAAUUACAGUUGUGGAAGAGCGCGACGUCUCAACACAGGCUUUGUAAGCCUAAAGAGAGGCCCCAGCAAAUGCUUACUAUGUCUGUAAAUAGAUAAUAGAAAUAUUUUUAAUUUGUUUUUUUCAUACCAACUAUGAACAUUUCCAUAGGUAUAAUCAAAUUUGUUAAGAACACAGACGGUUUGGUGGAAUCUGCGAGUUCCUAUUUGCUUUACUGUGAUCAUGCUAGCACGCGUAUUUUAUCGUCCCUCGCGAAACCAUUGGGGACUCGAUUAAACUGCAAAGCAAUUAAUUACAUUUUAUUGUCUAUUCAUCAUUCCAUAUUUUUAUUGUUACAAUUUUAUUAUAUAAGUAAUUGUUAGCGUUUUUAAGAGAAUGUAUUUAGAGUGAAUCUCUUUUAUACUCGUAUUUGUUAAAAGUAUACAUUGUGCCUUGUUAGACUUUAAGGAUUCAAUAAACGUAUGACGUUUA